AUUUAUUGAUUUACUAACUGAAAAUAAAAGCAGGGAAGCAAUAAAUUUUUUAAAGUUGAAUAUUUAAAAGCAAUGCUAAAACCAAUGAGAGUUAAAAAUAAACAGCCACCCAAUGCUUUCAGGCCAGCUGUAGUAGUGAACCUAUAUUUAACCACACGUUGUGAAUAGCCGGUGCAACAGUGUGGCUACAGUUUCAGUCGAGUACUGGUGUGCUGGUGUGAUGGGUGGUGACGCGAUGUGUGCUGUUUGCUCCCAGAAGGGGCCACUGACCUGUAGUGCGUGCAAGAUGGUGUCCUACUGUAGCAAGGAGCACCAGAAACAUCACUGGCCUGAACACAAGACCCAGUGCAGGCCCUUUGAGGUUAGAACUAGUCCAGAACUUGGUCGCUACCUGGUAGCGACACGUGAUGUGGCGGCGGGAGAAGUUCUGUACGAGGAGGCCCCGACAGUGGUGGGGCCGAAGGUGGUGGAGCCGAGUCCCGUGUGCCUGGGGUGUCUCAGACCCCCUGGGGCAGCAAGGUGUGAGUCUUGUGGCUGGCCUGUAUGUAGUCCAGUGUGUCCUGGCUUGCGUGACCCACAUUGCCAUGCCAUUGAGUGCAAGAUACUUUCUCUGUCCCCUAUUAAAGACAUCAAAGAUUGCAGAUACGAGUGCAUUCUACCUCUGCGAAGCCUCUUAAUGCAAAAGAGGAACCCUCGUAAAUGGAAAGUGAUCAUGUCAAUGGAGACUCAUAUAGACAAAAGAGGCCCUUCAACUGAGGUUUACAAGGAACUGGAUGAAAAUGUGGUCAGCUACCUCAUAAAUAAUUACCUCUCAAAACUUGAUGAUGGUGCCAUUGGAGACAUUUCACCUGAAAUAAUCCACCGCAUCUGCGGCGCGAUCGACGUGAACGCUCUGGAGAUACAAGAGGAUCAAGUAGAACUGCUCGCACUGUUGCCAACCGCUUUCAUCAUGUGCCACUCAUGCAUACCCAACACCAAGCACACCUUCAAGAACACCCGGAUUACUGUGAGAGCAGCGGUCGACAUACCCAAGGGACAGGAUAUCACAACGAUGUACACACACAUGUUGUGGACAACUCAGGCGCGGAGAGAGCACCUGCGUAAUACCAAGUACUUCUCAUGCCAGUGUCCUCGCUGCGCCGAUCCUAUGGAGCUGGGUACCCACAUGAGUGCCCUGCGGUGUCUGGCAGAGGUGGAGGGCAUGCCAUGUGGAGGGUUCCAGUACCCCAAGGAACCGCUGGACGACAACUGUGAAUGGUGCUGUAACAAGUGUCCGAUGUCCUUGUCCUCUCGGGACGUUUGUCAGCUCAUAUCUUGUCUAGAUGUUGAGGUCGAGAGUGUCCAGUUGAAUCAGCCAACGGUGGACCGCCUGGAAGACUUGCUGAGGAAGCUGGAGACCGUGCUGCAUCCCCAUCACUACCUCUGCUACAAGAUCAAACACUCUCUGAUACAACUGUACGGUCACCAGCAGGGUUACUUGCACUCUGACAUCACGGACCGAGCGCUCCUCAGGAAAACUGACAUGUGCCGAGACCUGAUGUCGGUGACCAGCAAGGUGGACCCAGGUCAUGGAAGGUUGGGACUGUACUCGGCAGUGCUCCAUUAUGAGCUACAUUCUGCCCUCCUGGAACAGUAUCGCCGUGACAACAACGUUAAACACCUCCAGGAGGCAAAAUAUGCCCUCGAGGAGGAGAUCAAGUUCCUUCCAUCCAUCGAGUCGGAUCACUCACCAGAAUACCAGAUGAGGGAGUUGGCCAAGAGAGCUCUCGUUGAUGUGAACAAAAUGAUGCUAGGCGCCAGUGUUGUUAAUGGGAAGUAAUAAAUUGUACUCGUUA